ACUGUAUACAUAAUAAAUAAAAAAAAGUUACUUUAAUAGUUCACCCUUUUUCUAUUGUACAGCAUGUUGUUGGUUCUUAUUGAUUCACAGGUACUUCCGUGUAGCCUUCACUGUCCUGGAACUCGCUCUGUAAACCAGGCUCGAACUCAGAGAUCUACCUGCCUCUGCCUCCAAGGGUUGGGAUUAAAGGUGUGCGCCACCAUGGCCCAGCUUCCAUUCCAAAUUUUACAUCAAAGAUGUUCCCUUUUCAUAAACAUGCUGUCUUCUAUUCAUUUCUUUAAUCUACUGUUGGUUCUUGUUGAUUUGCAGAAACUUUUUAUAUACUGUGAAGUCAGGCUUCAUGUGUCGACUGUCGUGGAUUUUCAUCUGUUUCCCUGUGUGAAGUGUUUGGGUGUAGGUGUUUUAUAUUUGUGUGUUGUCAGUUAUUAAUCUCUUAAUUAGAGCCUCUUGAAUUUAAUGUCACCCUACACAGCACACUGAGAUGUAUGACUUUCCUGUGUAUUUUCCUUGCUUUUGGAGGUGGGGGGGGGUCAAGAUCCCACUCUGUAGACCAGGCUAGCCCUGUUCUCUCAGGGAUUUCCCCUGCCUCUGAAGUACACAAAAAUAUCACUGGUGCUGAAUUUUUAGAAUGUUUUACUUGUUUUUCUCCGUGGAGUCAAAUUUAACACCUUCUAGAAUGUUCUCUCGGCAGAGCCAUUCCUGGGUGAGUAUGUGUCAGGAGACUUGUGACAACAUCAUCUUACAAGGCGCCAGUGGACAGAGACACUGAGAGGCUCAGGGAGAGACAAGGUUGCCCAUGACAACAAGUCUGUGUCAGAAGGGAAACUGCUCCAUCCUGUGGGGCGGGCAAGGGAGAGGCAUGCUGCAUGCUGGGUAAGCGCUCUGAAAUGAGAUGUCUCUGGCACCCCAAAAAAAGGGCUGGGAGGAUCAGGAGGCUGGGGCUACCCCUCCCCCUACUGGGCCCUUGCUGAACUGUGGUAGGUGGUAACCAUGAGCAGCGGGAGUCAUCCCCUGAAGUCCUAGCUCCAAUGGCCUCAUGAAUGACAUUCUCCCAGCCUAAACCCAGAUGGGAUCUGUCCCCCUUACUCAGGCCAUGACCACAUAGGCUGGAGAAUCUGUUCCUUGUCCCCAACUAAAGGACCAGGGAUGGCGAAGGCCCAAGACCAAAGUUUCUCUGGGGCCCACCAACCUAUAGGCAGUGCAGUGUAGAUUAGGGAGAAAGUUCUGGUAAUGGGUGUGCGGGUUACACUGCGCUCCUUGUGUCCCUCUUCUCUCUCUAGCCUCUCUCCCUCCACUCCAGCAACAGGGCCAACUCCCAGCUUCUCCAACACACCAGGGUCUCUUCUGCUCUGGGGUCUCUGCCCCAGGGCCUUAGCACCUGUGCAAGGACAGGAAAGGUUGCUGUGGAGGGCAGGACAGAGCCAACAAUGUCCCCAGCCCCUUCUCCCUCCCCGCCCCCGUGGGCUGCGCCUUCAGCAGGGCGUGCCUGGAAGGGGCGGAGGGGCGGGGGCGGGUGGCCUAGCCGGUCUGACAGGAGCCGGCCAGCGGAGUCUCAGGCUGGCGGCGGCCAUGGAGGGGCUGCGUCGCGGGCUGUCGCGCUGGAAGCGCUACCACAUCAAGGUGCACUUGGCCGACGAGGCGUUGCUGCUGCCACUGACCGUGCGGCCCCGCGACACGCUGAGCGACCUGCGCGCGCAGCUAGUGGGCCAGGGCGUGAGCUCGUGGCGCAGAACCUUCUACUACAACGCUAGGCCUCUGCCAGAUCACCAGACGGUGCGUGAGGCGCGCCUACAGGACGGCUCGGUCCUACUGCUGCUCAGCGACCCCAGGUAACUGGGUCUGGAGGAGUUGGAACCAUGAUUUUUGGGACGCAAGCUGGCUGAAGGAGCAAACUGGGCCGGGGCAGCACACUUCUCUCUUCCUGGGAGCCCAGCCUUAUUCUAGAUCCCGGUGCUGGGCUCCCAGGUAGAUGUGACACCUGGGCCCAACUGAUGCCCACUGCCUCCCAGAUGCUGUCCAACCCUCCAGCAAGGAGUCUUACGGUUUCUCCAUGGCCUUCGGCUGUGUCCUCAUUCAGGAAGCCCUCCAGUCAGCAGGCACAGUUCCUUCUUUGGUGACCCACAGGACUCCAGCUGAGAACAGUUCUGGCUACAGGAGGAUCUGCUGGGGCCAUGACCAAGGAGACUCUGAUCUGAGGGGACUCAAUGAGCCUACGCAUGUGAAAAGUGAUCUGUCACGGACUGUGGAUGCUCUCCUCUGCAGCCCAGUGUUGGGGUGUUGUGCUGAACUUUUGGGAACUCCCCCCCCCAUGCUGUGGGCUGCAUGGUGGGCCCAGAAGGCAAUACGUUCUAAUUAAGAGUUGUACAGGCCUCAGGGUGCGGAGGUGGGGACCUUGGGGAGCUGGGCUGCUGGGCUUGCACAAGUGUGCCAGGGACUCAGGGGGUCUCUUCCUCCCCUCCAGUCUCCUUUGCUCGGCUGUGUGGGUAGCUGCAGUCCUUGCGGGAGAGGGCUGUGAUUCUGUGGCCCCAGCCACAGGGGAUAACUGGUGGGGGGGAAGGGCUGGCAUUGAGGGGGGGCGAGGAAAGCAUUUUGACAUUUAACAAACACUAUGUAAAUUGAAUGCAAAUCACAUGCAAAUCACCACUCCUUCCUUAAGCCCUACAGCCCUGGUGUGUUCAGAAAUAAUAAUGUAGGGCCUGUCCCCUGGUGCCUAUCCAGCGGCCUUCCCUCCCUUUAGCCUCCCUCCCUCUCUCCCUUCCUCCUCCACUUCCCGGCUUUGAUCCAAGGCCUCCCAGCCUGAAGUGGAUGCACACAGCAAGAUGGGUUCCCUGCAUCCUGUUUUUGUAGAACCAAGGCCCACAGAGGCUCUGGGUCUGCCCUGAGGCCCCAAAGCCACGAAUUCCUGACUUCCUGUGCCCUUUCUCCAACAGUCAUCAGAAACCACCGUGGACAGAACACGUGACCCACCCAGGAGGCUCCAGGCCCUGGGAGGUGAGGUGUUAGUCAGGCUGCUAAGCAUGCUUGGCCCACAAGCUCAACUUGCUCCUUGCCUCCUGAGGGCUCCGUGAAUUCUGGCCAUAGGUCCCUCUGCUUUUUUUUUUCUUACAAACUCCUAUAUAUCCUACAAAGGCCUACUUUCGGUGUCCCAUUUUUGCGUCGCCGUUCUUAAUACUCCAAUAAUAGCCUCCAGUCCAUCCCGUCCCCCCACCCCAACCCCUGCCGUCCCUGCUAGCUGGCCUAAACCUGAGUCAUGAGACCAGGUGGUGCAGGCUCGUUGGUGACCUGGAGCCCCAAGGUCAUCCAGUUUGGGCUCUAGGUACAGGGGGCAUUUUCCACGCUUAUCAAAUGUAAAAGACUGAAGAAGAAGCAGGUGCCUGCGGUGACACUCCCUUUCCCAGUGUCUUUGUGCUGUGUGUCCGUGUGGUCCCCACCCCCACCCCCUCUAUUUCUACUCCUGCUGACCCAGCCAAGUGCCCAUUCUCCCUCCAGGGCUUGGCGAGCCUCAGACCCCACCCAGCCAGCAAGCCCUGGCUGGGUAGGAAGUUUCGGUGAGACUUGGCAGCCUCUCUGGUCUCACUGAGGCAUGUGACAUCCAGGGAGGGGCCGACUGCUGCCAUGGGGCCCACGUACUUUGGGGCUGGGCGCCGGCCAACAGUCAGCGUGGGAGGAGGGUGGAUUCCACAGCGCUCCCCCUGCUGUCAGAGCAUUUGCUGGAGACGCAGCGGGGCUGCCAGGGACAGCAGCCCGUCUAUGGACUGUGUCUGUGUCUAUGUCUGUUUCUGUGUCUGAGCGCAUCUAUGCAGUUUUCAAAAACUACGGAAGGCUGGGGCGUGGUCAGGGUGAAGCCCCGCCUAGAAUUCUCCAGUGAGAGGCUGGGGUGCAGUUAUGGUGGAGCCCCUUCUUGGAGGUCACCCCACCCCUCCUUUGGGGUUUCCAGGCAGGGCCUAAUCUUGAGUGACACCCGCCUGAACCUCACUCUCACACUGAGCCUCUCUGGGGAGGCACAGGACCUUUGCACAAUUUGCUUUACUCUUUAACCCCACUUCCACCUUUAACAUUUUCCUUUUCCUUUGUGUUUAGUUUUUAAUUUUGUUGCUCUUUUUGAUCCAGGUUUGUAACUGUAGCCCAACCUGACCUCAAACUGGCAACAAUUCUGCUUCAGGAUGGUGACUGGAGGGAUCCGGAGCCUGGGCUUGCAUCAUGUAUCUCCAGAAACACUUUUUGGGGGAGGUUCUCAAAUCAAAUGAUUCAUGUUCCCUUAAACCUUUUUUUUAUUUUUUGGAGAGGUCUCACUCUGUAGUCCAGGCUGUCCUGGAACUAGCUGUAUUUAUUAUGCUGUUAUUCAUCCGGGAUGUGUUUCCCCUGCAGCCUGGACUGGGAUUCGGGAAGCAGGCAGUGGGGGUUUGGGGUACGCUGCCCUAUCCGGCUCUGGUCACUGCAGGUCCUAGAUGCUCUGAUUCCUUCUGGGCUGGAAUUCGUAGCACUCGGCUCCCAGCUCUGUGAUAAAUAGGAGGAACUCAGAAUUAGUUAUGGCUGGACACAGCCCAGACCACUGUCUGCACAGGGCUCUGGAGGAGGCUGGGCUGCCUUGGGAAGUCACUUUCCCUCUCUCAACUUCUGUAGCCUCAUGGAGGUGGCUCUGGUCAAAUAUCAGUCUGAAUUAUAAGAAUUUAGAGGCAGAGGCAUUAUGGCUCACGCCUUAAUCCCAGCACUCGGGAGGCAGAGGCAGGAGGAUCUCUGUGAGUGAGGUCAGCCUGGUCUACAUAAAUGAGUUCAGGGUCAGCCAGAGCUGACUGAGACCCUGUUUCAAAAAAAGCCAAAAAUUGAAAAGAAGCACGAUGUAGGACGUACUGCUUUCAUUGGUUGAAUAAAGAGACUGCCGUGUCCUUUUGAUAGUGCAAAAACUUAGGUAGGCGAGAAAGACAGAACUGGAUGCUGGGAAGAAGAGCAGAGUCAGGCAGAUGCUAUGAAGCUCCGGCCUGAGAUGGAUGUAGGUUAGAAUCUUUCCC